AGAACUAGGGGGUGACAGUCGAAGUCAUUUUUGACUCUUCUGAUAGUAAAUUGUGACAGUUUAAAUACGACUGUCAGGGUAUUACAAUAAUAAUGAUUUCAACCCCACCACUGCAAAAGAAACUCAAAAAAUGUUUCCACACACAAACACAGAAAACGGAAGCUCGACGGAUGCACACACCAACAGACAACAAGAAGGAAGCUUCCCGGUUGCGCCAACCAAUAGACAGCAAGGCGAUCCAUCCACGGUUGCACAUACCAAUAGACAGACAGACGGACGCCCUAUAGUUGAACACACACCAACAGAUAUCAAGACAGACUCUCUCCAGUUGCACACACCAACAGACAGCAAGAAGGAUGUUCCGUGUUUGCACACACCAACAGACAGCAAGAAAGAUGUUCUAUUUUUGCAUACGCCAAUAGACACGAAGAAGACUGUUCAAUGUUUGCACAUACCAAUAAACAGCAAGAUCAUUCCAUGUUUGUACACACCGACAGACAGCAAGACGUCUUUUUCAUCUUUGCACACACCAACAGACACCAAUACGUCUGUUUCAUCUUUGCACACACCAACAGGUAGCAAGACGUCUGUUUCAUAUCUGCGCAUACCAAUAGACAGCAGGAACGCUGUUCCGUGUUUGCAGUCAUCAAUAGUGAGGACGAAAGCUGUUCCAUCUCUGCGCACACCAACAGGCAGCAAGACGGACGCCCCUCAGCACCGCACCCCAACAGGCAGAUUGAAGGACAGACUGAAACACACGCUGACGUUCACGGCGCAAACGUCGUCGGACGAAACCGGCGUGGACGUAAACUCCAUCUUGGUGCUACAGCGGAAGACAACUCGGCUGGUGGUUGUGUCCGAUUGGUUAAACAAGAGCGUCAAGUGUUUCAGUUGCGAGACGGCCGCCCUGGUGAGUCGCUUCGACCUCCCCUGUCACCCGUGCGGCCUGGCGGGGCCAAGCGACGAGCAGACGGCGGUUCUCGUCGCCUUGCCCUUGCAGAAGCGCAUCCUGUAUCUGGACAUCCAAGAUGGCUUCCGUCUGACGCACACUCUGAAGACGAGCAGGAUAUACUACUUCAUAUUCCCCAUGACCGGAAAGCGUUUGGUUGCCAGCGGCUGGAGGCUGGGUGGGUACGUCGACAUACUGAACUCGGCGGGACAAGUCAUCAAGACGUUCCCCCCAGGCAUGUUCCCCGACCCCUGGUCCCUGACGGUGAGAAAACACACGCUGAUCGUCAUAUCGAAGAAAGGCCAAGUCGUGGCGUGCCUGACGCCAACGGGACUGAUCACGUGGAUACCGUGCGAUCCGGAAACCAAGCGGCACCUGGUGGGCGUGGCCUGUGACGCGGACGAGUUCAUUUACCUCUGUGACGCGCUGAGGAACUGCGUCGUGAAGGUGACACACGACGGGCGGUUCAGACACGAUGUUCUCACGCAAGACGUCGGGCUGGCCACGCCCGUCGCCAUCUGCUGCCACCUCAACGAGGUCUAUGUCGCCCAGAGCAACGGAAACGUCUCCAUAUUUACGUGUACAAAAAGCUAACUGUAAAUGCCUCACAGUUUCUUAUAAAUAUUGCACGAUUACCCACGUGGAAACCUUCAGUUUCCUGAUAAGGCUAUUCGUCUCUCUUACACUGACUUGUUUUCCCUUCAAGUUGAAUACAGAAAGAGUAUGGAACACAGAACAACACAGAAGGACAACUCGUCAUGUAGACAUGACCAUAAGUGUACGAGACACAGUUAGGGCGGUGGUGGUGGUGGUGGUGUGUGUGUGUGGGGAGGGGGGGGGCGGGCAAAUGCCCUCGUAAAGAGCUGGAACAAAUCCUCAAAACAAAAUUAAAAUCCUCAAAUUCGUGCAAAAACGGUAAAUAUAUUCGGGCAAAAUGUGCUAACCUGAGACUUUUUUUAACAUGUAUUUUCUUCAUCAUUCUAUCGGCAAAAUAGCUGUAAUCCAUGGGAAAGUGCGUAGUGAUUCGUUUGUAACCCUAUAUAGCUGUUUGGUAGUAACACUUCUAUAAAUAAACGUUGUUAAUCAGA